GAGAGAUCGCUAUCAACCGAAUUCAUUACUGCAAUCCUUCCCAUGGGUUUCAAGGGGAAACGGCAGUUCACACAUUACGAAUAAACAAUUCGAUGUAAACACUUAUGUCAGACAACGGAUCAUAGCGAAGGAGAGUAAUAUUUUGCUUUUGGGAAUUCUCUCUGUGCGAAAAAAAGGAAAGAAAAGAAAAUCGAAAAAAAGGAGUUCCUACAUUCUCGCCAAUGUCGUCCUGUAAUCUUUUCUGAAGGAAGCGUGGAACUCAAGAGCGCAUCUUUGCCAGCCCCUGAAGUCGCCGGGAUCGAGCAGCAACAUCGGGGAGCACGGCGUUGGCAGCCCGCGAUAACCUUGUCCUGGACAUACUCGUCAGUAUGUUGCUUCUUUUUCCAUCGGAGCCAAAGAAUCCCCGAGCGGACCCUUUGCAGUUAGGGAGUACCGUCCAAAAACUGUGGAAUCGUUAUUGCGCCUGAUCGGAAAAGCCCGUCCUGAACACCCUUAAGAGGAACGAAGAGCUUGGAACUGUUUAAAAUGUCCAGAUGCGCCACGGAGGGGCAUCCAGCCUCUUCCAAGCAGCCAAAUGGACCCAAAUGCCUCAUCCAAGGGAGGCAGUGUCAUUCAGAGACCAGUGGGCUGUGACCACAGAAAGGAACAUCACUGAUAACGCUGCUGUACGUACUGGUUUGGCCCACAUGCUUAAACUGGCCCUCGCUACCCCCCAAGUGAAAAUGUGAUGUGCUUCGCUAUCAGUCCUAACCCAAGCAUGGAUGGAGACAAACGAGAGAGUCACACAAGUUAAUGAGACCAUUGCUCUUGAGUUGGGGGGGCUUACAAGAGGCAAUUAUAGGAGGAUUACCUAUGGACUUCUCCUACAUAGUAUAGGCACGCUUCAAGAGCACUUAAAAACUUUGACCCGGUGGAAUUUAUUCAUGAUUUUGCUUUGAUUAGCCGCAGCCCUUCCUUGUUGCGUUUUUGUCUCAAAAAUGGAGUUACAGGUGCGGAUGUGGAAUAAAGAUGUGACGACCUUUAUCGCACCAUGGAUAUCGAUACUUCUGGGCCUCCACAUGCAGUUCUCCUGGGCCACUACGUGUCCGGAUGAGUGCCGCUGUGACCGGACCUUCGUGUAUUGUAACGAAAGGAGCCUAACUUCAGUGCCUCUGGGAAUAGGUGAGGGUUAUAAGACCCUCUACCUCCACAACAACCAAAUCAACAAUGCUGGAUUUCCGAUGGAGCUGCACAACGUUGCCUCGGUGGAGACCGUGUAUCUCUAUGGCAACCAGUUAGAUGAGUUCCCUGUCAACUUGCCCAAAAACACACGGGUGCUCCAUCUGCAGGAGAACAACAUUCAGACUGUGUCCCGGGCCGCGCUGGCCCAGCUGCUGCGCCUCGAGGAGCUUUACCUGGACGACAAUUCCAUCUCCACAGUGGGGGUGGAGGAGGGGGCGUUUAGGGAGGCGAUCAGCCUCAAGAUCCUCUUCCUCACUAAGAACCACCUGAGCAGUGUCCCCGUGGGCCUCCCUGAAGAGCUCAGGGAGCUGCGUCUGGACGAAAACCGGAUCGCUCUCAUCACCGACGACGCCUUCGAGAAUGUGACGGGUCUGGAGCUUCUCCUGCUGGAUGGCAACCUCCUCACAGACGAGGGCCUGGCUUCGGCGGCUUUCCAGAGCCUGGUUAACCUUAAGACGCUGUCUCUGGCACGCAACUCCCUGACAGUUCCACCUCCCAACCUCCCUACUAAGUGUUUAGUCAAGCUCAACUUGCAGGAAAAUCUGAUGACUGAGAUCCCUUUGACAUCCUUCCACGGCCUCCACCACCUAGAGAGACUAGACAUUUCCAACAACCAGCUGCAGUCUCUGACACAGGGGGUCUUUGAUGGUCUCCUCAGCCUGAGACAGCUCACUGUUCGGAACAACCUUUGGCACUGUGACUGCAACAUUAAAUGGGUCAUAUUGUGGCUGAAGUCCCUGCCGGCCACUCUCAACGUCCGCGGCUUCAUGUGCCAGAAACCAGAAAGUGUGCGUGGCAUGGUAAUCCGAGAGCUCAACCUGGAGCUGAUCCAGUGCCCCAGCACCAAGGCCACAGCGCACCCAAUCACACACCAGCCCUUCCCUUCGAUGCCCCUAUCCACUGCUGAUUCAGCAAUCCACACAGCCCUUCCACCCCUGAGCCCCACCCACCCUUCCAGUGCCCCACCCUCUGCCCUCCCCCCGCCAACAACGCACACCGCUGGGGGGCGAGCUACACAAAUCCCGCCCGCCGACCCUGGGCAGGGGUCGCUGCGUGUGUCUUUCGUCGUACUGAACAGCUCGUGCGUGCGCGUGAACUGGAUGUCCACGUUCACCGUCACGGCAUACAAAGUGACGUGGGUCAAGCUGGGCCACAGCCUGACAGGCGGCGCCAUGCAGGAGACCGUGGUCGACGGGCAGCAGCAGGGCAUCGGACUGGCCAGCUUGGAGCCCAGAUCUGUCUACCGCAUUUGCGUGGACCCACUGGAUGCCUUCAACAGCUACCACCCAGGGGAUGACACUAUCUGCUCGGAGGUGAUGACAAAGUCCGCCUCGUUCGACUCCAGCGCCAACGCAGCGGGGCCUGAGCAAGCCAGCCAACAGGAUCUGAGCUCCUCUCUCCUGCUGGCCGGCCUUGUGGGGGGGGGCGUGCUCGUGGUCCUGGUCGUGCUGCUCAGCGUGUUCUGCUGGCAUGUGCACCGGAAGGGGAGGGCUGCUUCGUCCAAGUGGAAAUACAACCGGGGGAGGAGGAAAGACGACUACUGUGAAGCAGGCACAAAGAAGGAUAACUCCAUCCUGGAAAUGACAGAGACUAGCUUUCAAAUAGUCGCUCUGAACAAUGAGCAGCUCCUUAAAGGAGACUUCCGAAUUCAGCCUAUUUACACUCCUAAUGGAGGCACUGGCUACAGAGACUGCUUAAUGGUGAAUAACAGCACAGCUUUCAGCAAGAAUAGUGUUCCGGAGUCAAGCCCUUGCCAUACAUGAUGGUUUUCAAAAGGUAUCAUCCUUUGUAUUAAGAUUUCAACUUAAAUACUCUGUAUAGUAUAUAUUUCAAUGCUGAACUGUAAAUGAUGUAAUUUAUACUCUUACCAGUGAUAUCGCCUUCUUUUAUAUCCCUGAGUAAAGCGCAAAAAUGAUUUAUGAUUUACUAGUUUCUCCUGUUGUAUUACUGCUGCAGAGACAGUCUUAUAAAACAAAAAAUGGCUCUUGAUGGCCUUGUAGAAAAUGUCUGAGCAUCAUGUUCUCAUCAGCCUGGAGUGUGUAUGCCGAUGAUUGUUUACAUUGUUGUGCACAAAUCACAGAAAGUGCCCAGAAAAACUUGGAUAUUUAUGUAGAAAUAUAGACUUAGAGAAACAUGAAUGACAAAGCAUAAGAAUCUUGACAGUCGGUGUGCUUGUGGGAGUGAGAAUGAGUGAACGAGAGAAUAAGCCAUUCACAUUAUUUAUGCUUGACUCUUUUGGUUCUUAGUUAUGCCACAAGAUGGCAUCUUUUUUCGUUUAUGACAUUAAUUGGCACCUUCAGGCUUAUCCAUUAAUCUAUCUUACAGCUUCUGUAUUCAACUGUGCUGUUGAAGUAGGGAAACAUUUCUACUUGCCAGAAAAUGUGAAGCUUAAUUAAAAGUGUUGAUAAAUCUGUUAAGGGGACAAAUAACAGGUUGAUGAACAAAGCUAUGCUUACGAUGUAAAUUAUGAAUGAGCGUAGUGAAAAAAUUAAAUGCUCUUAAAAUGACAACAGCAACAGGCCAGUGUAAAUUGGCUUUUUAUUUUCUUUUACCUUUGAGCUACUCCAGAACAGGUACGGGUAUGGGUAACGAUCAUUGUCCAUUAUUGUUGUGCUUCUGGACACCCAUCUGUCUUCAUGUACAGCAUUUUGUGUGAUCCUGUUACUAAAUUGGUGCAGUGAGGAUACAGUGUUCAGAGGCCUAAUACAGCAGGUCAGGUAGAUUAAUCUCAGAAGUGGUCUGAAGGCUCCAUACUCUAUUUUAAUUGUCUUGUUUCAGUCAUUGCAUUGCUAAAACUCUGUGAAACAUAAAUAUUCAAACAGUAAACAGAUAUUGUUUCUUUGUA